AUGGAGGCCUCGGAAGAGCAAGACGCCGAUGCGGAUCCGGUGCAGGAGCGCAAGACAUUCGCCAGCAGCUUAAUGAGCCCGGUUGUGACUCUGCUGGUUGGCAAAGAAGAACCCACGCUGCUCACGGCGCAUCAGGAAUUCCUCGUUGGCAGCCCGUACUUUGAAGACAUCUGCAACAAGUUUGCCGAGGAUGGUAGCCCUCGCCACAUUGAGCUCCCCGACGAAGACAUUGAUGCCGUCGGCUGCUUCCUCGAGUUCCUCUACACAGGCGAAUACUUCCCUCGCAAGCUGUUGGGCCAGAGAACCCUCGAACACGACCCCAGCAUCCCGGCCGUCGAUGAUUCGGGCGUCCAGCUCCUCAAACAUGCAAAGAUCUAUACCUUAGCCCAGAAAUGGGGUGUCACUUCACUCCAGUCACUGUCGGCAUCCAAGAUCCACUGCAUCAACUCAACAGUCAAGGGCGAGAUUGCAUACGCGCGCUACGUUUAUGCCAACACCGCCCUGGACGACACAACCAUUCGUGCACCCGUGGCCAGCUUCUGGGCUGCCAGGUCACAUACAUUGCGGUCCGAGGCCGAGGACGAGUUCAAGGCCUUGUGUCUGGAGUUUCCACAGUUUGGUUUCGAUAUUCUCACCCGUGUUUUGGACGACAAGCUCAAGAGGGAGCGCAACGAAAAGAUGCACCCUUCCUCCGGCAGCGUCCGCAAGCGCCCCCGACACGGCAGCGGCGGUGCUGCGUAA